GUUCAAAGUUUGUAAACAAACUUCAGAACACGCUUCUUUAAAUGAUUAAACGGUGCUGCGCGGUGCAGAAGAUAUAAGAAAGUAACGCAUAAUUUGCUGCUCGCAUGCAUGUGAUACACUUCGUUUUCUGUUUAAACUCCGAAAUAUAAAUUCACCUCGCUUGAUUCAAUAAUUCGCUGAAAGCUUCAUCAUGUAUCGUCCGGCCGGUUAUGAUGAUUCCGAUGAGGAUGAUUUCGAUGAUUUUGGAUACAUGAGUAGCUCAUAUCCGAAGCAAAAACAAAAUACAGCGUUUAUGCAGGAGGUCAAACCACCAGAGGAAGACUAUGAUACCCUCCUGUAUUACGCCAUCCUCGAUGGGCAACUAGAUGAAACGAAACGUAUUAUCAGGCAGGAUGCAUAUUUGCGUGGCGGUGGAAUGCUACGGCAAGGAUGGCCAGCUAUGUUUUAUGCGUGUUUCGAAGCGCAGCUACCUAUAGUGGAGUAUUUCCUGCGAGAUGAAAAGAUGGAUGUGAAUCGCCAGUACAACCUGCAGACGGCACUCAUGAUCGCAUGCAGCUCGUCGCAAUCGUCCGAGCGUGUGUAUCAAGUUGUGCGGUUGCUGCUGGAUUACGGUGCCAUUAUCGGAAUGUUGGAUCAAUACGGUUGUUCGCCACUCAUGCUUGCCUGCAAGGCAGGCCACCUGGACGUGGUGAAAGAAAUCGUUGGCGAGUCAUCAUUGCUUUCGACCGAUAAUGAAGGUAACACGGCGUUAUUUUAUGCGGUGAACAAUAAUCACUUGGAGAUAGUGAAAAUUCUGCUCCGUGCCGGCGCUCAAACACACACCGUCAACAGGCAGGGCUUUACUCCGAGACAGUGUGCAAUCAACCAGAACUAUUUGGACAUUGCCGAGCUGUUUCCGUCCGAGGAGAAACCGUACGUGAUGCCGGCAAAGUACCUGUGCUACAGCGACUAUCAUAACUUCAUGCGUGGCGAACGGGCUGACGAUCCACCCGGUUAUUUCCCCGACCUGGGACUGAUGCUGUUCGGUAUGAAUAGUGAAGGUUCGCUUCGGCUUUUCGCUGAUGCGAACAUGAAUUUGUUCGAGUUUCUUACCGUAACCGAUGAACGGCUGCUCGAGCUUGGCAUGAAAUAUCCGAUUGAGCGAAAGCGCGUACUGCUUGGGCUUUACGACUUUCAUCUGCAUAAAUGGUCUCGGAAUAGUUUAUGGACGAUGGAAAAACAGCGUAUUCUGGACUUCUACGAUAUCAUGGAAGUACUGGCCAACAUUCUUAAACAUCUUACUGUCAUGCAAGCAUCCUUGUUGUUUACAAAGAGGCUCACAGAAGCGUACGACUCACAAGCAUUCAGCAGCGCCGAGCAAAGUUCCAAUCUCAAGCAACAGCUUGUUGAGCUACAUGCAACGGUUAAGGAUUUUGCAGCUUAUAUUAACACCAUCCAUGAAAUAACCGCCCCAAAACCUGUGCUUUACAUUAUGCCUUCCAGUAAGGGUCGGCAACGUAAUGGUAAAUUGUUAAAAAUGUGUAGCUGUCUAGUUGUUGGUGGAAUGUUGGUCUACCUGAAAUUGAGGUGGUGAAGAAGCACAGCAUGGAAAGUAUGUUUAGAACUAGCGAUAAUAUCAAAGAUCUUUUUGGCACUUUGUGAAAUGAAUUAAACCAUCUAUAAAAACAUGAUUAUAUGUUAAUGUGCAUUA